CGGCGGUGGUGUGGUGGCGGUGGGGGCGGCGGGCUGCCGUGGAGCCCGCCGAGUCCUAGCGCCUGACCCUGCGCGUCGCUGCGGCGGGCCGGACGGACCGUCUCGCCGCAGGAUUAAUUUAUUUUUGGAAAUCAAGUGCAAUAUUAAAGGGAAAGCAAACCACACUCCAUUAUUGGAAGCCAUUUCUGCUAAUUUUAUUACAUUUUAAAAUUUAUGAUUUGAUUUGAAUACUAUCAUGGGAGGAGCUGUGAGUGCUGGGGAAGAUAAUGAUGACUUAAUUGAUAACUUAAAAGAAGCUCAGUAUAUCCGCACUGAAAGAGUGGAGCAAGCCUUCAGAGCGAUUGAUCGCGGAGAUUACUAUUUGGAAGGCUACCGAGACAAUGCGUACAAAGACUUAGCCUGGAAGCAUGGCAACAUACACUUGUCAGCACCUUGCAUUUAUUCUGAAGUUAUGGAAGCGUUGAAACUUCAACCAGGAUUGUCUUUUCUUAACCUGGGAAGUGGAACCGGAUAUUUAAGUACAAUGGUGGGCUUAAUUUUAGGUCCUUUUGGAAUAAAUCACGGGAUUGAGCUUCAUUCAGAUGUGGUGGAAUAUGCCAAGGAAAAACUGGAGAGCUUCAUCAAAAAUAGUGACAGCUUUGACAAAUUUGAGUUCUGUGAACCCGCAUUUGUGGUUGGUAAUUGCCUCCAGAUAGCGUCUGACAGUCAUCAGUAUGACCGCAUUUAUUGUGGGGCUGGUGUCCAGAAGGAUCAUGAAAACUACAUGAAAAUCUUACUGAAAGUUGGAGGCAUUCUGGUCAUGCCUAUAGAAGAUCAGUUAACACAAAUUAUGCGAACUGGACAAAACACUUGGGAAAGUAAAAAUAUCCUUGCUGUUUCAUUUGCUCCACUUGUACAACCAAGUAAGAAUGAUAAUGGCAAACCUGAUUCUGUAGGACUCCCUCCCUGUGCUGUCCGGAAUCUCCAAGACUUGGCUCGCAUUUAUAUCCGACGUACACUUCGAAAUUUCAUAAAUGAUGAGAUACAGGCCAAGGGGAUUCCUCAGAGGGCUCCACCCAAAAGGAAAAGAAAGAGGGUUAAACAGAGAAUCAAUACUUACGUAUUUGUGGGUAAUCAGCUUAUCCCUCAGCCUCUAGACAGUGAGGAGGAUGAGAAAAUGGAGGAGAAUAACAAAGAAGAGGAUGAGAAAGAUCACAGCGAUGCCAUGAAGCCAGAGGAACCACCUCAGAAUUUACUGAGAGAAAAAAUCAUGAAACUCCCUCUCCCCGAAUCUUUAAAGGCUUACUUGACAUAUUUUAGAGAAAAAUAACUUAGAUCAAGAAGAAAGAAUGCCUACUGAUAAUUCCUUUAGUCUUGAAAAUGUAGCAUUUGUUAGGAGUUAAAAGAGAGCGAAUUCUUUCAACAGAGCGAACUAUAGUGGAAAAGGUAUAACUUGUUUCCGUCUUAGUGAUAAAAAUGAUGUAUUCAGUAAUUAAAAAGAAUCCCUUUUUAUAAGAUAUAUUUUUCUUUAAAUCUUGGAAAAAAGGCUGUUUUAACUCAGAGUGACUUCAAGAGUGGAAUACAACAAUACUCAAGAUUUGUGUCCCGUAAAUCCUUUUCUGAUUCCUGACAGAUUUGUAGUGCUGAGGCUUACAUUUCAUUUCAUAGAAGGUUACAUAAUUGUUAAGCAUAUACUGGUUUUUGAACAGCAGUUGUUUUCCUUUCCUCUAUGAAAACCUCCUGAGCGAAUUAGGAAAUCAAACGCUGUGUAGACCCACUCACCUUACUUUGGUUGCAGUCACUAUUGUUGAGUUGCUGUAGUAUCCCGGGCAAUCGAUGAGUGCAAUAACAAUACAGAUGUUGAAUAAUUUAGCUUUAAAAAAAAGUUUCGUGGAGUUCAGUGGCACUGCUACUUUUGCUUUUGAAUCUAUUGCCAAAAGACAUGGGAAAAUAUCUGCUUCUCUCCUAGAGAUUUUAAGAGCACAUCAAGUGAAUAUUAAAUAAAAAGUAUAUACUCAAUACAGUUCUUGAUUUGUAUGGACCCUUUACAUUUUCAGUAUUUAAAAACAAUGAGGUUAUCCUACUCUCUGGAGUUUUAGAAGAUAGUAUGUGUAGGAUGGGUUUUUCUCUUGUCCACUGUAUAAAGUGUUUGGUUUAAAAAAAAAAUCACUGUUGUGUAUGACUGUCGAUACGACAGACAGGUAGGGAGUAAGCUUGAGUAACGGCCCCUUUCUUGGGUGGCUCUCAGAAGCAGGUGCACUUUAGCAAAUGGAACUUCUGGUUCAUUUGAAUCUUUGUCUUUGACAAGGUAGGACUGAGCUAGCCUCAGAAAGAAACUCAUCUUUGUCGUGUAGGAGAUGUUCACGGGAAUUGUAUGUAGAUGCCUCUUGUUUUGAAAAUCCAAUUCAGAAUCAUAGUGUAAUCUUUGGGACCUAUGUUGUGCUCAUUUAACUUUCUCACGGUGUGUGGGUUGUUUGUUGUUGUUGUUGUUUUUGGUGAAGUUCUAAUGAUCACUUUUUUCUUAAUAUCACACACUUAACUAUCCAUCAUUUGAAUAUUAAUCAUAGCUUAUCAGCGAUACAACAGUAAAUGCCAUUUUUGAUUUGUUCCUUUUCUUCCCACUAGGGCCUGAAAAUAGUCAUUCCUUGUUAAGAAAGUACACAAUGGAACAUACUUAUUACUUCAUGUAACAUGAAUUAUGUAUUUUUUAAAAGGAAAAAAUUGAGUGUAUCUCUUAUUACCACCAGCAUCCCUGUUCCCCGUAGUUGAUCAACUAUGUUUAAGGAAACCCAACUGAUACAUAGUAAAAGGGUUGUUAUUAUCUCUUUUCAAAGAUUCAACUACUAGUAAUACAUAGUUGGCUUAAAAAAUCUCAGCUCUGGUAAUUCUACACAUUUAAAAAUGAGCAUUUGAAAUAUUCUAAGUAUGAAUUAUCUCAAGUAAAUAAGGGUAUUUUAGUAAUGGGAAAGAUAAUUUCAUGGAAGGUGUUUGUUUUAUACCAGUGACUAUAGGGCUAGGUGAUAGGGGUUGGGGGGUUGGGUGUUCUCUCCACAAUUUUUUUCUUUCUUUAGAUGAUUGCUAAGCUGUUACUGUUAAGAAAUGUCCCAUCUCAUUUCUAUCAAGGAAAAAAAAAUAGUUGAUACAAUUGUCAUCUGUUAGGAAUGGUCACUUUAUUUUAAAUUAAAUGUUAGUUUUAGAAGUUUAGUAUUGUUCCUGGUGCCCACCUGUUUUUAUCCAGCCCCCCCACCCCCACCCCCACCCCCCACCCCGGCCGCCCUCUCCGUACUCACUCUGUCGGUUUUGGAGCUCGUGUCCAGAUAGUAAACAUACAUAUUCUUAAAUGAUGAUUUUACUACUCAGAAGAGAGUUUUUGUUAAGGAUAUAUUUGAAGAUUGACUGGCUCACAUGGUCUUUUACUCUGUGGACCUUGGCAAAGUAUACAGUAGGUUUUCGUUGCCAUUACAUAUUUUUGUCAUUGAAAUGUAUCUUUUGUGUUUUUAAAUGCAUCCAUUUUACAGUUGUGACUUUAUUAUUGACUUUAAAUAAAGAAGUAGAAAUAAAUGAAAAUUAAA